CUCGCGCACGCAGGAUGGGGGGAGGGAGCGCACAACGUGCGCGCGCCCUCUCCCUCCUCCACCGCUGCCGCCUCCUUCUUCUGCCGCUCCUGGUGCUGCUUGUGUGCUCGUUCGGUGCGGACCUGGUACCUCUUUUGUGAAGCGGCAGCUGAGGAGACUCCGGCGCUCGCCAUGGCCGACGAAAAGCCCAAGGAAGGAGUCAAGACUGAGAACAACGAUCAUAUUAAUUUGAAGGUGGCGGGGCAGGAUGGUUCUGUGGUGCAGUUUAAGAUUAAGAGGCAUACACCACUUAGUAAACUAAUGAAAGCCUAUUGUGAACGACAGGGUUUGUCAAUGAGGCAGAUCAGAUUCCGAUUUGACGGGCAGCCAAUCAAUGAAACAGACACACCUGCACAGUUGGAAAUGGAGGAUGAAGAUACAAUUGAUGUGUUCCAGCAGCAGACAGGAGGUGUCUACUAAAAAGGGAACCUGCUACUUUACUCCAGAAUUCUGUUCCUCCAGACCAAGAAGACAUUCUCAAUUAGAAAACCGCAAUUUGGUUCCACCACAUCCUGACUACUACAGUAUAGUUUCUCUAUUCUUUCAUUUUCCCCUUCCCCAUUCCUUUAUUGUACAUAAAGUAACUGGUGUAUGUGCACAAGCAUAUUGCAUUUUUUUUUUUUAACUAAAUGGCCAACGGUAUGUUUUGAUCGACAUCAAAUGGAGAUGGAAUGGGGAAAAAUACUGGUUCUGUGAAGAUACCCCCUUUUCUCCAUUAGUGGCAUGCUCAUCCGCUCUUAUCUUUAUAUUCCAGUAAGUUAUUUUGCUCUCACUGUUUAACAAAAAAAGAACAACAUAAAAAUUCUUGCAUACCUUGUUCGAUUGGAGAAUUUUAAUGUUUUUCAUUUAUCAUUGUAAAACCAAGGACAAUUUUAUAACUUUUUUGUACGUAGCUGUUACAUGUAGGGCAAUCUGUCUUUAAGUAGGGAUAAAUUACUCUAAAAGAAAUGAAUCCUAGAUAGUUUUCCCUUCAAGUCAAGCGUCUUGUUGUUUAAAUAAACUUCUUGUUUAAAAUGA